AUGGCCUCCACAGAUACCCCUGGAGGUGGUUUCAUACAACCCUCUCUCCCAUCUCCAGCUCCAACAACCUCCACAGUGACUCCGUCUCUGCUCCCAAAGCCACGGUCACACCCGCUGCGCGCCGGGUCAAUGAAGGAGACGACGGUGAUCAACCAUGUCGACAAGACGCUGUUAAUGAUCAACCGUCGCCAUGCCAAGAAGUUCAGCAGCGCUUUCGAUGAUCAGAACCAGCAGGAGUCCGAGCGAGGGUACGAGAGCUUCAAGGAGGUGGUCAAGGAUAUCGAGGGCGUGGUGGAUGUGCUGUGGGUUAGCGGAACGCCAUCCCUCCAAAUCCCAUACUUGAUCUCCCUGGCCGUCCUGGUGAACUCGUAUCUCCCAGAGUACCCGUUCUCGCCGAAGGCGACGUUCCGUCUCCUGCGGAAGCUGGACUCGGUCUUCACGGCACUGCUGACGGGCGAGGACGCGGAGACGGGGAUGCCGCUGCCUGGAUUUGAGGGCCGGCGCAAUGUCGUCUCCAUGACGGAGAAGGUGCGCAUCAAGAGCAUCGCGGAGUCGUGUCGGGUGGCUGUUGUUGAGGCGCGAGAGCAGGUGGAUGAGCCUGGGGGUGAUGAUGAGGAUGAGAGCUCCGAUGAGAAUGAUGAUGAUGAAGACGAGGUCUUCGCGGAUGAGUAUGCCGGUGCGCCUGGACGGUGGGAAAUGGAGGCGGCGCGGGUCUAUGAGAAGACGAUUCAGUUGCUGGGGGAUGAGUUGGGGAAGGCGGGGGAUUUUUGUGAUGAUAAUAUGGCCACUGGGGAGACUUGUUAG